CAUUUCGUCACCUUCUCAGUAGCGCAUGGAAUAUGUAUAACCAGUUGCGGGCUCGUGUUGUUUUUUGUUUUAAACGGUUUACUGAUGUACUGCCUGUGCAAACUUAACUCUGAUCCAAAAUGAGCAUCAAGAUAUACUUGCCCAUCGAUUACUUCAGCCUCAAAGAACCAACUAAUUUGUACGGACAAGUACAAAUAAACGACGACAAUGUAGUCGUAUAUUAUGUCGUGGAUGCUAUCGACUUCGACUUCAAUUCAAAAUCGAUGGAGCAUGGUACAACCAGUGAUUUGCGAUUCCUGGGCUCUAUCCUGUGCAGUGAUACCUGCGCAGGACAGCAGAAUAUCUACCACCAGCUGGAUAUGCGCAUAUGCUUCACAUAUGACAGAAACGAGCCAAACAUUUCACUGGGGUACAUAGGAAUCACACCAGAGCACCUUAAAAAUAUCAAAAUAAUUCUAUAUCACAAGAAGAUAGUACAGGGUUUGUAUGUCCAUGAUGAGAACACACUGGAACAGCCACCGGAAAGCCGUGGCAGCAGCAAUUGCGAUUUUCUGGAGCUCUUUCGGUUGGUGCAGCCCGAAGUCGGGCCUCAUAAGCCCCGAAACAAGGUACUCAAGAGUGGCCUUCACCUGUUACAUCUUUUAGCCGACGCACCCAUACAAUUGUUUAAAUAUACAGCGGAAAAUGUUUUCAUUAAUAACAUAAUGGUGCACACGACUGUCUAUAAACACUUUAAAGACUGGCAAUUGAUCUGUGAUAAAAGUUCUAGGAAAAAAAAUAUUGCCUUAGAUCGAAUGCUGGGUAUACUUUUGAUGGUUAUUAUGUUUUCAUUGGUUACCCCACCGGGCGACAUUCUUAUACAAAUAUCCCAUGGCAUUAUAAACCAGCUGUACAGCCUGCUGAAUGUUUUGGAAGGCAGUCCUAUUGGUCUCAAAUUGAAUAUACAUUUAAAUAAUUUCUUCCUCGAUUGUUUCAAAUAUCAUAUUCAGUUGUGGUCCAUGUUUUUGGAUUUGAUCGAGCCAAUAGUACGGCAAGUUUUUCUAGCCAUUGGAGUAUUUGGAUGCAUGGGCCUAACAUUCCAGAUAGCUCUACUUGCAGAUCUAAUAUCAAUAGUUGCAUUGCACUCGCAUUGUUUCCACAUUUACACCAAGGUUCUGUAUAAGGUGGAAAAAAAAGGAUUAUCCGUACUAUGGCAAGUAGUUCGUGGUAACAGAUAUAAUAUUUUAAAACGCCGUAUUGAAGCUCAGAAUUAUAUGGAUCGACAACUCUAUCUUGCCACCAUAUUUUUCUCAGCAAUUCUAUUUCUAUUUCCCACCACACUUGUGUACUAUGUGGUUUUUGCCGUUUUAAAGUCGCUUACACAUGCCACCCUGGGGAUUUUCGAGUUUGUUCGUAGGCAAAUUUUGUUCUUCCCAUUGGAAGUGUGCCUUAAAUGGUUGCGAAAGGAACUACACGAAAUAGAUUGUCUCAAAAUCGAGGAUGUUGCACUCCAUACGCAGCCAUUUCUGCUGCAUAAACGUUAUAAAAUAGAUGUUGCCGUUUAUACAAUUCGAGUGUGAC